AUGUAUCUCUCUCGCCAGCUACUCUCCCUCCUCCCUCUCUCUAUAUAUAUUUAUCGAUCACUCCUUUCUCUCUCCCCAUCUAUCUAUUCAUCUUUAUCUAUCUAUCUAUAUCCAGUCUAUCUAUCUAUCUAUCUAUCUAUCUAUCUAUCUAUCUAUCUAUCUAUCUAUCUAAUCUCCAAUCUCCUUUCCUAUCUAUCUAUCUAUCUAUCUAUCUAUCUAUCUAUCUAUCUAUCUAUCUAUCAGGGAAAUUGCCUCAUCCUUACUACUAUAGCAUCUCUUAAUACUAUGCCCGUGUUUAUUCUCUGCAGUUUCUUUUGUCCUUUUUCACUUUUCCUUCCUCUCCAAAAUCUCCUCCUCCCAAUUCAAAACGAACUUUCUUUGAGAGAAGCCACUCCGUUCAACUCUCAGUCUUCUUAUACAGACUACAAUUAUCCGAUUUUGUCAGAUGGUAAAUAUUCUUCAUAUAAUAUUAUCUAUCUAUCUAUCUAUCUAUCUAUCUAUCUAUCUAUAUCAGUCUUCUGUUCAUAUCUAUCUAUCUAUCUAUCUAUCUAUCUAUCUAUCUAUCUAUAUCUAUGUUCAUAUCAUCUGCUAGCUAUCUAUCUCAGUAUCUAUCUAUCUAUCUAUCUAUCUAUCUAUCUAUCUAUCUAUAUCUAUCUGUUCAUCUAUCUAUCUAUCUAUCUAUCUAUAUCAGUCUGUUCAUAUCUAUCUAUCUAUCUAUCUAUCUAUAUCUAUCUAUAUCAUCUGUUCAUAUCUAUCUAUCUAUCUAUCUAUCUAUCUAUCUAUCUAUAUCAGUCUGUUCAUAUCUAUCUAGCUAGCUAUCUAUCUCAGUCUGUUCAUAUCUAUCUAUCUAUCUAUCUAUCUAUCUAUCUAUCUAUCUAUCUAUCUAUCUAUCUAUAUCAUCUGUUCAUAUCUAUCUAUCUAUCUAUCUAUCUAUCUAUCUAUCUAUAUCAGUCUGUUCAUAUCUAUCUAGCUAGCUAUCUAUCUCUCUGUUCUGUUCUAUCUAUCUAUCUAUCUAUCUAUCUAUAUAGUCUGUUCUAUCUAUCUAUCUAUCUAUCUCUGUCUAUCUUCUAUCUAUCUAUCUAUCUAUCUAUCUAUCUAUCUAUCUAUAUCAGUCUGUUCAUAUCUAUCUCUAUCUAUCUAUCUAUCUAUCUAUCUAUCUAUCUAUCUAUCUAUCUAUCUAUCUAUAUCAUCUGUUCAUAUCUAUCUCAUUGUUUAUAUCUAUUUAUCUAUCUAUCUAUCUCAUUCUGUUCAUAUCCAUCUCAUUGUUUAUAUCUAUCUAUUUAUCUAUCUAUCUAUUCUGUUCAUAUCUAUCUCAUUGUUUAUAUCUAUCUAUUUAUCUAUCUAUCUAUCUCAUUCUGUUCAUAUCUAUCUAUCUUGGUCUGUUCAUAUCUAUCUAUCUAUCUAUCUAUCUAUCUAUCUAUCUAUCUAUCUAUCUCAGUCUCUUCAUACCUAUCUAUCUAUCCAUCUAUCUAUUUAUUUUAUUCUCUUUAUUCUUAUUUUUGUUAUUUUUAG